GGGCGAACUACCCUUCAUUAUAGUACUAUCAAGGGCAAUCUAACGGCAAAUAUUCUACAUUUCCUUUGCGACGAAAUACGGUUAUCUACAGGGCUUCGUGAUUCACAUAGGAAGACACCGUUAGAUUAUGCAGUUAAGAUAGGAAAAAAGGAUCAUAACCCGAAUCUUUUUAACCCCGACUAA